AUGAGUGAAAGUGGAAAUUCAGAAUCAACUUUUAACAUCAAAGUAUCUUUUUUCUUUCAAAUAAUUAUAUUAAUAGCAUUUUUCAUAUGCACAGAACUACUAUUUGAUAACAGUGUAAUUCUUAAUAUUACUUUAGUGGUAUUAGUAAUAGAACUAUCUUUUAUUCCUUUAUUAAUUUAUUAUAUGAACCUUAAAAGCGGGGUUAAAAACAUUGUUUUAAUAAUCAAUUUUAUUAUAUUUAUAACUUUUUUAACUUUUCUUUGGUAUAGAAGAAAUAGUGUUUAUAUAUUUGAUGUUAGUUCUGAUAAAAAUAUCCAAGAUGAGAUAAACCGUGUUAAAAAGUAUUUUAAAAGACCUUCGUUAGUAUUGUUAAUGAAAUUCAAUAAAGAGUCUGAUAUUAAUAUAUUUAAAAGAGAGAAAAGAUUUAAAGAUAUAUUACAAGAUCCACCCAUUACUAUAGAUGGAGUUAAAUUUAUUGAGUUAGUUAAUAAUAAUUUAAUAGAUAAAAAUGAAUAUGACACUGGUAAGAGAUUAUCAGGGUAUAUUUACAAAGGCGCGUUUAAAAUAAAAAAAGUACCAAAGAGACGUAAGUGGUAUAGAAAAGUUAUAAAAAUACCUAAAUAA